GUUAAAUGAAGGCUGACAAAGGCGGAGAGUAAACCUGGGCGGGGAGCAGAACACCCUCUCAAUCUGACCCUCCGCUUCCGAGUUGCCUUCACUCUGCAGCCUUUGUACUACUCGGCCAAGUAACCAACAGAAGGUGACCAUUUAGGGCGUCCCUGCAGAACAGGUGUGGGCACACAGCUACGCCCACACGUUUGCCUUCCCCUCUGGCUGGCACAGUCAGGAUGCCUACCAACUUUACCGUGGUCCCAGUGGAGCAACAGGAGGAUGCUGCGGGCGAGGAGGAGAGGUCUGGCGGCGGGGCGAGGCAUCAAAGUGAAGAAGAGUCCCUGUUAGGGGAUGGCAAUCCUAGAGAAAAUAGUCCCUUUAUUCAGAAUGAGAUGGACAAGGACAACUUAUAUGAUGGAAAAAAUAUGGCACUUUUUGAGGAAGAAAUGGACAGUAAUCCAAUGGUGUCAUCGCUUUUGAACAAACUUGCAAAUUACACGAACUUGCCACAAGGAGUUAAGGAACAUGAGGAGUAUGAAGAUCGCAAGAGGAAAGAAAUGAAGGAAACGAGAAUGGGAACAUUCAUUGGAGUAUACUUGCCUUGCUUACAAAAUAUUCUUGGCGUUAUUCUUUUUCUGAGAUUGACGUGGAUAGUUGGAAAUGCGGGUGUGCUAGAAUCUUUUUGCAUCGUCCUGAUGUGCUGUUCAUGUACAAUGUUGACUGCCAUAUCUAUGAGUGCAAUUGCAACAAAUGGAGUUGUUCCAGCUGGUGGAUCAUAUUACAUGAUAUCGAGAUCUUUAGGUCCAGAAUUUGGCGGUGCUGUAGGUCUUUGCUUCUACCUGGGUACAACAUUUGCUGGAGCAAUGUACAUUCUUGGUACAAUAGAAAUUCUUUUGACCUAUAUAUCACCGAAUGCUGCUAUAUUUCCAAUAGAACAAGAUGAUCCUCAAGCUAUGUUAAACAACAUGAGAAUUUAUGGGACCUGCAUCAUAGCUAUGAUGGCUAUAGUAGUUUUUGUUGGCGUUAAAUAUGUCAACAAACUUGCACUUGUUUUUCUUGCCUGUGUAAUACUGUCCAUUAUGGCAAUAUAUGCGGGUGUAAUCAAAUCAGCAUUUGAUCCACCAGAUUUUCCGUUAUGCCUUCUUGGAAAUCGUUUGUUAGCCAAAAGAAACCUUGAUAUUUGUGCCAAAUAUAUUUAUAAUGAUACAAUUAAUGAAGCCCUUUGGAGUAAAUUCUGUACAACUACAAAUGACAGCACUACAUGUGAUCCAUACUUCAUCGCAAAUAACAUCACUGAAAUACAGGGAAUUCCUGGAGUUGCAAGUGGCGUGUUCCUUGACAAUCUUUGGAGUGCUUACAGUCAAAAAGGAUCUAUAGUUGAGCGGAACCAAACAUCAUCUGCUGCAGCAGAAGGACAUAAAACUUACAAUCAAAAUACCUAUGUCUUAACAGACAUAAUGACUUAUUUCACAAUGCUUGUUGGAAUUUACUUUCCAUCUGUAACAGGCAUCAUGGCUGGCUCCAACCGGUCUGGGGAUUUGAAAGAUGCUCAAAAGUCUAUCCCAUUUGGAACAAUUUUGGCGAUUGCAACCACAUCUUUUAUAUAUCUUUCCUGUGUGGUGCUAUUUGGUGCCUGCAUUGAAGGUGCACUUCUACGUGACAAGUUUGGUGAAGCAGUCAGUGGCCAACUUGUGAUAGGUACGUUGGCCUGGCCAUCUCCUUGGGUGAUUGUUAUUGGUUCCUUCUUUUCUACUUGUGGUGCCGGACUCCAGAGCUUGACGGGUGCUCCACGUUUGCUGCAAGCCAUUGCAAGAGAUGGAAUUGUGCCUUUCCUUCAGGUGUUUGGUCAUGGAAAAGCCAAUGGAGAACCAACAUGGGCUUUAUUGUUGACUGCUGGUAUCUGUGAAAUUGGAAUUUUAAUUGCUUCCUUGGAUAGUGUUGCACCAAUUCUUUCAAUGUUUUUCCUGAUGUGUUAUAUGUUUGUUAACUUGGCUUGUGCAUUGCAAACUUUAUUGAGAACUCCAAAUUGGAGACCACGGUUCAAAUACUAUCAUUGGACACUUUCAUUUGUGGGGAUGAGCUUAUGCCUUGCUUUGAUGUUCAUUUGUUCGUGGUAUUAUGCAUUAGUUGCUAUGCUAAUAGCAGGAUGUAUUUAUAAGUAUAUUGAAUACAGAGGGGCAGAAAAAGAAUGGGGUGAUGGAAUCCGAGGAUUGUCCUUAAAUGCUGCUCGAUAUGCUUUGCUAAGAGUUGAACAUGGUGCAACACAUACUAAAAACUGGAGACCUCAGAUAUUGGUGUUGGUAAACCUUGACUCGGAGCAGAAUGUGAAGCAUCCCCGACUUAUUUCACUAACUACUCAACUGAAGGCCGGCAAAGGAUUAACAAUUGUUGGUUCUGUGCUGCAAGGGUCUUUUCUGGAUAAGCAUGUAGAAGCACAAAAAGGCGAAGAAAAUGUAAAAGCUUUAAUGACUUCUGAAAAGACAAAAGGAUUUUGUCAGUUAGUUGUGUCUCCCAGUGUUCGUGAUGGGAUGUCACACUUGAUUCAGGCAGCUGGUCUUGGGGCCAUGAAGCACAACACUGUACUAAUGGCUUGGCCCCACUCAUGGAAACAGCCGAACAAUCCUUACAGCUGGAAACCUUUUGUUGAUACUGUACGAGAUGCAACAACAGCUCAACAAGCUUUACUUGUGGCCAAAAAUAUAGAUACAUUCCCUACCAAUCAGGAGCGUUUUGCUGAAGGAAAUAUUGAUGUGUGGUGGAUUGUUCAUGAUGGUGGAAUGCUGAUGCUGCUGCCUUUUCUGUUGCGCCAACAUAAGGUAUGGAGAAAGUGCAGGAUGCGGAUUUUCACUGUUGCCCAAAUGGAUGAUAACAGUAUUCAGAUGAAAAAAGAUCUCCAGAUGUUCCUGUAUCAUCUCCGCUUGAAUGCUGAAGUUGAAGUAGUUGAAAUGUUUGAAAAUGACAUUUCUGCAUUUACAUAUGAGAAGACGCUGAUGAUGGAACAGAGAUCACAAAUGCUUAAGCAAAUGCAACUGUCUAAGAAUGAAAGAGAGAGAGAGGCACAGCUUAUCCACGACAGGAAUACUGCAUCACAUUCUGCAGUGAUUGCCAGAUCAAGUAAUGCAGCACCAGAGAGAGUUCAGAUGACCUGGACUAAAGAAAAAUUUACUGCUGAGAAACACAAGGUUAAAGAUCUGAAUGCAGCAGGAUACAGGGACAUAUUUAACAUGAAACCAAAUCAGUCAAAUGUAAGAAGAAUGCACACUGCAGUAAAACUAAAUGAAGUUGUGCUGAAAAGAUCUCAGCAUGCGCAGCUGGUGUUACUGAAUAUGCCUGGGCCACCCAAGAAUAAACAAGGUGAUGAAAACUAUAUGGAAUUUUUAGAAGUCUUAACUGAAGGCUUAAACAGAGUACUGCUUGUACGUGGUGGUGGACGAGAAGUGAUUACAAUCUAUUCAUAGUAAACUGAUAAGGAAAAAUGUUAAAAGGACACUGCAAAAAUACAGUUUCUAGAAGCGACAAAAUAAAGCCACAUAUUCUAUCAUAUACUUGAAGUGACACACCAAUCACUGGUCUGAAAUCGCAUACUACCAAUGUUUAUACAUCGCAACUAACUACACUAUACAUGUGAUAUUAAGUGCCAGGCUCUCUUCUUUCUAGUUAUAACCUUGUUAAUAUUUUCAUAUUGCCAGCAGCGCAAUAUUGGAUUUCUCAGAUCUGCUUUGUGAUACAAGAAAUAGCCAUAACAUCUAUAUACAAAGAGAAUCCACUGCACUUUACCUUUCCAUCGGUGAAGUGCCAUGGAUUCUCUUUCUAUAUGGACGUUUUAAAAAUACACAAUGCAGUAAAGUGAGUACAGAAAUAAACUAGAAUUUUUGAUUUUUUUUAUUCGCGGUUUUCGGCAGCGAGCUGUUAGUGAUCCAUGGUGCAGUAAUCUACCAUAAUUAUGCAAAAGGUUGCAUUUUAUAGUUUAUCUUCAUAUUUAUUUAUUUUAUUUUUCUAUCGCAAUAUUUUAUAUAUGUUUCAGAGAGAAAUUAUGCACUGUGGGUAUCAUGGAUUUUAGCUUUGUACUGACAGAAAAUGUUUAUAUACUGCACAUUUGUUAUGACCUACGGAAUAAAGUCAUUUGCUUUUGAUAUGAGAAAAUGCAAUUUAAGUGAAGCACAGUUUUGAAUGAAAGUACCAUUUAUGUCACCAUCACCCACACUUACAGACAGUGCAAUCAUUUUUAUUUUCAUUGCUCCAAUUUACUAAA